CAUCAAUAGUUAGUGGGAAAGAAUGGAAAGGAAGCUCUAUGAUGCAGCAUCAAAAGGAGAUGUCACAACACUUGGUAUGCUACUUAAAGAAGAUCCAUAUCUUGUUCAUGGAGUCUCAUUUCCAUGUUCAAGAAAUCUUCUUCACAUAGCAUCAAUGCAUGGACAAGCAGCCAUUGUUGAACAAGUGUUGAAUCUUAAUCCGAGGCUAGCUUGGAUUCUAGACUCCCAAAAGUUGUCGCCUCUACACAUUGCAGCUGCGGAAGGGCAUGUUGAGAUAUGCCAAAAGUUGUCGUCAGUAGCCCCCGAGGCUUGCUGGUGGCGAGACUGCCAUGGUAUGAGCCCAGUUCAUAUUGCUGCCAUGAAAGGCCAUGUUGAGACCGUGGAACGUCUCAUUCAAGUGAGUCACUUGCCCGCUAUGGAGAGGGUGCACCGUAGAGAGACUGUGUUGCACUUGUGCGUGAAACACGGUCAAGUUAAGGUGUUGAAGGUUUUGGUGGAAAAGUUGGGUGACCUUGUUGAUGCAAUUGAUGAGGAUGGGGAGACAAUAAUGCAUAUGGCUGUGAGGUGCAAUCAACUUGAGACUAUAAAGUAUUUGGUGGAAAGCAACAAAAUAAAGAGGCUAACACGCAAUUCAAUGGGCAAAACGGAGCUACAAAUCUUGGCUGAGAGCCCCGGGGACACAUGUAGUACCUAUUCGGAAAUGAGAAGGAUGUUGUUACGGUUGUUGCCGCCAUCAAUCCACGAUAUCUUGCCCAAGAUGAGUGACGUGGCGAUGGUGGUGGUGGUCCUGAUAGCAACGAUGGCGUACCAGAACGCGGUCAACCCGCCUGGUGGGGUGUGGCAGGGUGACACGUCAUCACACAGGCCUGGUGAUGCCGUGAUCGCAUACACUCAUCCGCAUGUAUACAAAUAUUUGGUAUGUGCUAACACUGUAGCAUUCGGAUCAUCCCUCCUCGCGAUCAUACUGAUCGCGACUGGAGAGCCAUCCCGAAACAUUUGGCUCUUCAGGAUCUCCGUGACUGCUAUGUGUGUGUCGGUGGCAGCUAUCGCGGUGAGCUAUGGAGUAUCGACAGUGGUGAUCGCUCCCGAUACGAAAGAAAAAUCAGUUCGACGGAUUCUUUUUAUAGUACUAUAUGUUUGCGUUAUCAUGUAUCUCAUCAUAUUGUUCUCCUUUCUUCUUAGGAAAUUUUACUUUAACCGGAAUAGAAAAACUAGGCGCCAGCAACCUCUUAGAACCAAUCAUCAACCCAAACGCACCCUCAAUCGGAUUUUCCAACAGUUGGAUACCUUUGGAGACCAUUUCUGAAUUUCUUUUUCUCAACCAAAAAUUAUCAUUUGUUGAUUGUAAACUAGCUAAAGUAGUUGAUUUUUUUUUAAUGGCAAGACUGCAAUAAUAGUAUUGACUUUAUUAUGUUCA